AUGUUAACCAACCGAAGGGGCUCUGCAAAAAUGAACAGAAUUUGCCUAAACGUUCUGAUAGGAAUUCCUGCGUCGGGAAAGACGACUUACUGUGCACAAAUUGAGAGAGCGGCCUCCGACCAAUUGCACGUGGUGCACGUGUGCUAUGAUACCUAUGUUCCGAUCGACACCCAGUACCAUCAGUUUCGCGACGAGGCGGGAUCGUACAAGCAGCACCGGCAGCAACUUUUAUCCUCCGUUGAGGCGAUCAUUGUUUCAAUUCGCGACAAUAACCACGACAGCUUGGAACGACUACUGGAGGAUUGGGUCCGUGAGUUUAAGGAGCCAUUGAAACUGCCCCGCCCUUUGUUUUCCAAAGAUUACCUCUUCCUCAUCGACGAUAACAUGUACUACAGAAGCAUGCGAAUGGAGUGGAUCCAGGUAGCCCGAAGGCAGUCGCUAGGUUUCUUUGAAACGUUCUUCGAUGUUCCGCUGGAGCUUGCCCUUCAGAGAAACCAGUCUAGAGAGCGAUCCGUUCCGGAAGCGACAAUAAGGCGUAUGUGGAUGCGACUAGAGAAACCCUGUAGCGAGCUGUAUGGCUGGGAGAAGAACAGCAUUUCGAUCAAUGGGACGCCAGAAGACUUCAAUGAAAUACUUCCAAUGGUCAGCCACUGCCUUGAGAACCCAGAACGGAUGGUCAACGUGCCCUGUACUCCAAUGGAACAGUCGGUGAUUCAUCAAAUUGAUCUUCUGCUACGAAAGGCGAUCUCCGAGCGGAUGGCCAAAGCCAAGAACUCGAUGCCUAAAUCGGAUCUACGUACCUUUGCCAGCGUGCUACAAGACCGGAAGCUGGAGUUGCUGCAGCGAUUAAGAAAUGGUGACGAGGAAAUUGCCGAGGACAGGAUACAGUUUGUGGCGAAUGCUCUUCUUUAAGUUUGUGUAGCUCUAGAAACCCGUAGAUCGAUGCUAAUAAAUAGAAAAUUACGGAAAAAUGAGCAACAGUUU